UUAGUGUAUUUGAUUCUGCUAGUGGAAGAGAGAGAAAGUAGAGAGCUCGAGAAAUGAGUGAGAAAGAGCGAAACUGCGAGUGUGUGGAACGAGGAGCGAGAAGUUGUGUAGCGCGCGGGAAUCGUUGACUUGUGUGUUUAGCCCUUUUGUGCUUGUGGUUAAUUACUCUGAAACGUAACGACUGGCGAGAGAAAGAAAAUAACACGUCCUUUUUUUUACCCCGGGGACGGGAAGCUGUAUGAAAGAGUUUUAACGAUUGAGUGUGUGAAAGCAAGGGUAAUAAGUGAGCGCAAUGGCGACACUCGCGGAGCAAGCGUCCAAGUUAUUGGACUUCAACCAAAAGCUGGAUAUCACGCUCCUGGAUAAUAUAGUCGGAUGCAUGUAUACUGGGGUCGGUGAACAACAGCGUGUUGCUCAAGAAGUGCUAACCACUCUCAAAGAACACCCAGAUGCAUGGACCCGAGUUGACACCAUCCUAGAAUACUCACAGAAUCAACAAACAAAGUACUACGCACUACAGAUCUUAGAGCAGGUUAUCAAGACACGGUGGAAAGUUCUACCAAGGAAUCAAUGUGAGGGUAUUAAAAAGUACAUUGUCGGAUUAAUCAUCAAAACUAGUAGCGAUCUAGAAACAAUGGAGGCCUCUAAGGUUUACUUGAACAAGUUGAAUAUGAUCCUUGUACAGGUUUUGAAACGAGAAUGGCCAAAGAACUGGGAAUCCUUCAUAGGUGACAUUGUGGGUGCCAGUAAAACCAACGAAAGCUUAUGUCAGAAUAAUAUGGCUAUUCUAAAACUUCUCAGCGAAGAAGUGUUUGACUUUUCAAGUGGUCAGAUGACGCAGACAAAGGCUAAGCACUUGAAGGAUACAAUGUGUAGCGAGUUCUCUCAAAUAUUCCAGCUUUGUCAAUUUGUUAUGGACAACUCACAGAAUGUUCCUCUAGUUGCUGUUACCCUCGAAACUCUUCUCAGAUUCCUUAAUUGGAUUCCACUUGGAUACAUAUUUGAAACCAAGCUGAUCAACACUCUAGUUUUCAAGUUUUUGAACGUGCCGAUAUUUCGUAAUGUUACAUUAAAAUGUUUAACUGAAAUAGCUGCAGUCACAGUAACAAGUUACGACGAGAUGUUUGUGGUUUUAUUCGCUAACACAAUGCAGCAAUUGGAGCAAAUGCUUUCACUUGAAACAAAUAUCCGUGAUGCAUAUGCAGUAGGACAGGACCAGGAACAGAAUUUCAUUCAAAACCUGGCGAUGUUUUUGUGCACAUAUCUAAAAGAACAUGGACCGCUUGUUGAAAAAAAGCAAUUGAAUGAAACACUCUUAAAAGCUCUUCAUUACCUUGUGCUGAUUUCCGAAGUUGAAGAGGUUGAAAUAUUCAAAAUAUGUUUGGAAUAUUGGAAUGGACUUGCUGCCGAUUUGUACAGAGAAAACCCAUUCACUUCACUGUCGCCCUUAUUCGCGAAUACAAAUAAUUUGACCGUACCGCCCCGAAGGCUAUUCUAUUUCCCUGUGUUGACCAAGGUUCGGUAUAUUAUGAUCAGUCGAAUGGCUAAGCCUGAAGAAGUAUUGGUAGUAGAAAACGAAAAUGGAGAAGUCGUCAGAGAGUUCAUGAAAGAUACUGACUCGAUCAAUCUCUACAAAAACAUGAGGGAGACCUUAGUUUAUCUAACCCAUCUCGACUAUGUUGAUACAGAGAGAGUUAUGACCGAAAAAUUACAGAACCAAGUCAAUGGCACGGAGUGGUCUUGGAAGAAUCUCAAUACCUUAUGCUGGGCAAUUGGGAGUAUCUCAGGUGCGAUGCACGAGGAAGAUGAAAAGCGAUUCUUGGUGACUGUAAUCAAGGACUUGCUUGGAUUGUGUGAGCAGAAGAAAGGCAAAGAUAACAAAGCAAUCAUUGCAAGUAACAUUAUGUACGUUGUGGGCCAAUAUCCAAGAUUUUUGAGAGCCCAUUGGAAAUUCCUGAAGACUGUUGUCAAUAAGCUAUUCGAAUUCAUGCAUGAAACACAUGACGGAGUACAAGAUAUGGCCUGUGAUACCUUUAUCAAAAUAGCGUUGAAGUGCAGAAGGCAUUUCGUAACUAUUCAGGUUGGUGAACCUAUGCCGUUCAUUGAAGAAAUACUGUCCACGAUCAGCAGUAUUAUUUGCGAUCUACAAACUCAGCAGGUGCACACGUUUUACGAGGCAGUUGGCUACAUGAUAAGUGCUCAAGUUGAUACAUGUGUACAGGAACAGCUCAUAGAGAAAUAUAUGCUUUUGCCUAAUCAGGUUUGGGAUGACAUAAUUAGUCAAGCAUCAAAGAAUGUCGAUAUAUUGAAGAAUCAAGAAGCUGUCAAGCAGCUUGCUAGCAUCCUAAAAACAAAUGUUCGAGCUUGCAAAGCGCUCGGGCAUCCUUACGUCAUGCAGCUAGGAAGAAUAUAUUUAGAUAUGUUAAAUGUUUACAAGGUUAUGAGUGAAAACAUAACUGCAGCAAUAGCUUUAAAUGGAGAAAUGGUAAUGAAACAGCCUUUGAUCAAAAGUAUGAGAGUUGUCAAAAAGGAAACGUUAAAAUUAAUCUCAGAUUGGGUCAGCAGAUCAAACGAUCAUCAAAUGGUUUUGGAAAAUUUCAUACCUCCAUUAUUGGACGCAGUCUUGCUUGAUUAUCAGAAGACAAAUGUGCACUGUGCUCGGGAGCCUGAAGUGCUUGGCGCAAUGGCUACUAUUGUCAACAAAUUAGAGGCGCACAUCACGAGCGAAGUGCCGAAAAUAUUUGACGCUGUUUUCGAAUGCACCCUUGAAAUGAUUAAUAAAGACUUCGAAGAAUUCCCUGAACACCGAACAAACUUCUUCCUAUUACUGCAGGCAGUGAACAGUCACUGUUUCCCUGCAUUCCUGUCAAUCCCUCCAGCUCAGUUCAAGCUGGUACUUGACUCCAUUAUUUGGGCAUUCAAGCAUACAAUGAGAAAUGUCGCAGAUACUGGACUACAAAUACUUUAUCAGCUCAUACAAAACCUUGAGAUUCAUAACCAAGCAGCACAGAGUUUUUAUCAAACAUACUUUACUGACAUUCUGCAACACAUAUUUAGCGUCGUAACAGACACUUCGCACACAGCUGGUUUGACGAUGCAUGCAACGAUUCUGGCGUACAUGUUUACGUUAGUAGAAUUAGGAAGGAUUCAAGUGCCACUGGGUCCUGUACCAGAUAAUACGUUAUACGUUCAAGAAUUUGUAGCAAGUUUAUUAAGAGCCGCAUUUCCACAUCUAAGUGAUAAUCAGAUAAAGAUCACGGUGCAGGGCUUAUUUAAUCUUGAUCAAGACAUACCUGCAUUUAAGGAGCAUCUUAGGGACUUCCUCGUUCAAAUUCGAGAAUACACGGGUGAAGAUGACACAGAUUUGUAUUUGGAAGAGCGGGAAACGGCUCUGCGAAAUGCACAGAGAGUUAAGAGACGACAGCAAAUGGCAGUGCCGGGUAUCCUCAAUCCUCACGAGAUGCCUGAGGAGAUGCAGGACUGAAUCACCCGCAGCCCCUAUUGUACCCCAACAAAUCUGAUCGAAAUGUGCUCUGCCGUAGAUACGUCUGUAUCCUUUUAUCUGCAGCCACCCCCACCACCGCCCAGAUACAUAUUAUAUACUUAAACAGAGCCAAGAAGUGUAAAAUAUUAUGCCUUUAACGAGGUAAGCUAAGACGAGGUGAUUGUUUGUUUGUCUGUUAUAGGAUUCGAGAUGAAAUUGAGUUCUUGUUGUGGGUAAGAUGUGAAUGCCUGCUCGCCGACGCUAUUUCGUGUAUCGGAGUUCUUAGUAAUUUUACGAGAUUAAGUCUAAGAGUAAUAAAUGAUGAAAAAAAUAUAAUAAUAAUAAAAUGAAUGAUUUUUGCAUAAUAGUAUGAUCGGUAGGUUUUCGUUUUCUCGUGCGUUUGAUAUCUGUAAUUGUUCAUAGUAUACCCGUAUGCGUGCAUCAAUAACGUGGAAGUACCAUGCCAUAAGUAAUAUUGGACUGUUCAUUUUAUACUCAAUAUCAUUGAGUUCUUCAAUGGUCCAAUGAUGGUUGAUGAAUGUUCUCAUUCUGGAAGCAACGAGUGACGUUUCUACUGAUUCUUUUGUUUUCGUUGUGGACUUUUUUUCUACUGCUAAUUUUCCCUCAUUAAUUCGCAAAUUUUAUAAUAGGGUGAAUAUAGUAAGAUUAAUACUUUGCAAGUCUGCAGCAGUAUUUUUUUAUAUUUCGCAAUAAUUAUAUGGAGAUACAGUAAUUUAGUCAAACUUUUCAAACGGGUCCAGUACUCUUCAUGGUAUGUAUUACCUUCUUUAGUAUGAUGGUUGAUGAAAGUAUCACUGUACAUCAUUUGUUAAUUGAUUAUCAGUAUCAGUUUGUACAAUAGUCUGUAUUAAAAUUGAACGAAAUUAAUUAUUGGAAGGGAGAAUUGGAUUCGAACAUUUUUAGAAUGCAAGGUUUUUCUCCAUAAAAUAAUUCAGUU